AUGAAGUGGCUUUUGUUGUAUGUGCUGGCCGUUGCUUCGGCUGUGUAUGGGAAUGCAAGUGGUAUGUUUGUAACUUGGCUUUUCACGGUAUCUGCCUAACCAUGUCCUCUUACAGAGUUCCGAUUCAAACUUUCUGAAGGUCUAAAUAUCCCAAAGCCUGUCGAAGUUGCGCCUCAAGACCGGAGAUACGAAGCAUACAGCGUUUUCAAAAAAUCCUUGGCGCAAGCCGCCGAAUUCAAAGCAUCUCCAUGCAACGACUUUUACAAUUAUACUUGCCAGCAUGCUGACGUCGAAAAUUAUUUCAUGGUAAUAGAUGCGGCUAAUACGAAAAACGUUAUCGAGGGUUUGAAAAGAAGCGCCAAUGGAGUAAGUUGGUCGGAAACGAGGCAAAUUUAUUGAUAGAUAAAUUUUACCCGAGAUUUUGACUUUAGGCUCCAAAAUGGUACCAAAUUUUAAAGAACAAGUAUGAUGCUUGUGUUACCCGGAAUGUUUCCCAAAGAACGGGCGAAGAAUUGCGAAGAAUCUACAGCGAAAUGACCGCUGAGUUUGGCUCCGUCUUCCCUUUGCUUCAAGGAUCGUCCAAUAUGACUUCAAGCCCGGCCAGACUCGGCGAAAUCGUUGGAUACUUGGCGCAAAAGUUCGAACUCAACACUUUAUUGUCGUACAAGAUUGAAGGAAACCGUCUGCUGAUUGAUGAACCUAAACUCGCUUUCCCAGAAGUCUACUUUACGGAAGCUUUUAACGAGUUCGAAACCGAGUAUAAAGUUUCCAUCAAGGAUUAUCUUCAACAAUUAGCUGAAGUUCUCGGAAAGGGACUCGAUGAGGAUCAACUUGAUGAAUCGAUUGAGAAAGUGGUCAGAUUCGAAAAAGAGUUGGCGAAGCUGUUGGUCCAGAUUCCAGAUGAGCUUCCGUCACAUUUACGACUCUCCGAACUAACAUGUUACGGAAAAUCCAUUGAUUUCAACGCCUUUUUUGCAAGAAUUACAAAAAACUCCGAACUUCUGAACUUUUUGACGUCCACUGACCACAAGAUUUAUUUGACGUCUCCAAAAAAAUCAUCAACAGUUCAGACUUUUGUUGCUGAAACUGACCCGGCUACUGUCUUGAACUACUUGAAUGUUCGUCUGGCCAGAAGUCUGAGAAAGUAUUUCAUCACGAAACCGAAAGAGUGUGUUGCUGAUCAAUGGCUUCGAGCUGGAAGAGGGGUCAAACAUGUCGGUAUCGUCCCUCCAAUACCUAAAAAGGAUCCUUACGUCAUCGCUGAAAACGAGGAACGCUGUAUCGAUGAGCUCUAUCAGAUGGGCGUAGCUCUUGACAGAGUGUACUUGGAUCAAAACUUGCCGGACAAGACAAAAAGAAAAGAAUUUGUAAAAAGAGUCAAGGUCAUUGCCAAGAAAAUAAUUACAGGAUUUAGGGUAAAGUAAAUAAUUCUAUACAAUCUGUUUUUUAGCAUCAAAUCGAACAAUUUUCGUCGUUUACUCCGAAGGUCAAGGCCGCCGCUUACAGAAAGAUUGAUGCUAUGCUCUACAACGUCGUUUACGACGACUGGAUAGAAAACGACAACGUUCUAAACAAACAUUACGAAUCUUUAAUUAAUGAUCAGGACUUUGCCAGAGACGAUGAGCUUACAUCGGCCGAAAAAAUCCGUGACUUUGCUCAAUCUCAGGCUUGGGAGAGCGUUCUGGGAAAGGACCGUCGUAAUCUUAACUUCACUUGGCCGAUAAGAACUGUGAAUGCUUGGUACUUGCCAGAACUCAAUAAUUUUUACAUCCCUCUGGGAGUCCUGCAACGACCGCUCUUCGACGUCAACUACCCUGCGGCUAUUCAAUACGGAGGAAUCGGCUAUGUUGUCGGCCACGAAAUUACUCACGGAUUUGAUACGAACGGAGUGGAAUAUGAUGACCAAGGCGAGCAGAAUCCGUGGAUGGACGAGACGUCAUGGGCUAACUUCAAUGAUAUGGCAGAGUGUGUUAUCGCCGAGUACGAUGAGCUCCAUGGAAGAGGAAGACUCACUCAAGCUGAGGAUAUUGCAGAUAAUGGAGGUAAGGACGAAGCAUUAUGGGCUCAAGACACCCCGGUCUCUUAGCUAUAGAUUACCGUACAAAAUUGUCUUAUUGCCUGCGGACUUCUAAUAACUAUGAACUUCUUCUCUAGGUCUACGCGCUACGUUCAACUCGUUCAAAGCCGAACAAGCGUUAUAUGGCCUGGAUCCUCAACUCCCUGGCCAACCGUGGAAUAAGUUCACCCAAGACCAACUGUUUUUCCUCGCGUUUGCUCAUGUCUGGUGCUCGAAUGUCCCAAAAGAAGAUGAUGGGGCUGAUGCGCACUCCCCAUUAUUCGCUCGAAUCCACGGAACCUUGCAGAACACCCCUGCUUUCCGAGCUGCCUACAAUUGCCCUGUCGGGUCGUCUUAUGCGCCAAAAAAGCAUUGCGAUGUGUGGGCAUAG